CGCUGUCAUGGCGGCGCUGGAGGGCCGGGCCGGGCUCUGCUCGCUGGCCGCCGCCGCGCUGCUGCUGCUGGCCGCCCUCACCUACCUGCCGCCGCUGCUGCUGGCCUACCGGAGCCACGGCUUCUGGCUGAAGCGCAGCAGCUACGCCGAGCAGCCGUCCGUCCGCUUCCGCCACGAGGUGCUGCUGGCCGGCCUGACCGCGGGCGGCGCCUCGCUGGGCUGGAGCUCCUUCUCGGCCUGCAACCGCCUGCUGGGCCCCCGCCUGCGCGCCCCGCUGGUCUCGGCUAGAGAGGAAGACACCAAUCAAGAUGGUGUGAUGGACCGACUGCAUUUUCAGCUGGAGCUUCCCUUGCAAUCCACCGAGCAGAUACUUGGGGUGCAGCUCCUUCUCACCUUUGAUUACCAAUUACAGAGGAUGUCGACAUUUGUGAUGCAGAGCAUGGCCUUUCUCCAGACCUUUUCCCCUGUGCCGGGCUCACGAGUCUUUGUGAACGGAGACCUGAGGCUUCGUCAGAGGCAACCACUUGGCCAUUGUGGGUUGGACAGCAGGUACAACGUAUCCGUGAUUAAUGGGUCAAGCCCUUUUGCCUGGGACUAUGAUCUUGUGAACAUAGUGGCAGCGUAUCAGGAGAGAAACGUCACAACGUUUUUGUCUGAUUCCAGCCCCAUCUGGGUAGUUGGAAGAGCACCCAGUGAUCCUUUUGUGAUCCAGGCCACCAUCCAUUAUCCAGUGGACCUGAUCGUGUAUCAGCCAGGCUUCUGGGAAAUGAUCAAGUUUGCCUGGAUCCAGUAUGUCUGCAUUCUGCUGAUUUUUCUCUGGAUUUGUGAAAGAAUAAAAACUUUCCUUUUCCAGAAUCAGGUGCUAACCACUAUUCCAGUGUUACCGGUUUCGUCCAUUUUGUCCCACAAAGAACACCAGUCCUGAAAAUGUCCUUUAAAAAAACUCCGUAAACAGCCACAGGGAUAAGCAGAGCAUCCGUCGCUUUCACUUCCUUCAGCGUUCUUCCCCCACCUGGAAGAUGGGGGAGGGGGCGUGAUCUGGGUAUUUCAGACCCUGUGCCUUUGCUGUUGCAAGAUCCGAGCAGAUGCUUUGGUUUCUGUUUUCUCUCUGCCAGGAGUUUCAGUUUCUGCUGCCUCUGCUAAUUCAUAGUUCUGCUUUCAGACAUUCUUACUUAGUUGCUUUUGGCUACUCACUGUAUUUUAGAUGCAAUGUGUAUAUGCCCAUGUAGUGGUUUGUAGUGUUUUUAGCAGGUAAGAGGAUGGUUUUAUUUAUAAAAGUUGUGUUAAUGAGA